AUGAGUCGUUCCCUUCCUGUCGUGUCCAGCGACGGAAACCUGCCGUGGUCAGACAGCCAUAGCCAUAGCAUGGACUCCGAUGAGAUUCCUCAUGUUGGCUUGCCUUCCCCCUGGUUGGACUCCCUUCCGACAGCCUCCAACUCUCUGUCCACAUCGUCGUCGACUUUGAGCUUCGCCCGUACGGGCCAGCUCUCGCCCCAGCUGUCACCCAUCAGCACUGGCAUGGCCAUGUCCUGCGGAGGCUCCUCCUGCCUUGCCUCGCCGUCCCUCUCGCCCCCCACUGCUGCCAUGAAUUCGCACUCGCUUUCCUCGUCGGCCUCGACGGAAUCCUCAUGGACCAUGAAUUACUCGGGCUCGGACGAGGGCCAUGAGCACGAGCAGCUUCCGCGGGGCGCCAUGAGCCACCACCAUGACAUACACCAUGAACACAUGCCCUGGGAGCAGGACGAUCCGGAUGAGCUGUUGAUGGCCCCAAAACUGGAGCCCUUGGAUGAUGAUGGAUUCUGUAUGGAUGAUUUGGGGGAAGCCCCUGCCACUCCCAUUGGAGGAGUUGCCCAUGCGCUGGGGCUCGACCAACCAAAGCCAAAACGACCCAGAGGACGUCCUCGGAAGCACCCCCUUACCCCCAAUCUGACUGCCAACAAAGUCACCAAAGGCCGCACCAAGACUGGCUGCUUGACAUGCAGGAAGCGAAAGAAGAAGUGUGACGAAGCCAAGCCGCGAUGCAUGAACUGCGAAAAGAACGCCGUCGUGUGUGAAGGCUAUCCGGAGAAACAGAUCUGGAAAAGCGGCAAAGAAAGGGCCGAAGAGGUAGCUUCAGAACGUCUCAAGUCACACAGCGUCAUGUCCAUUACGAUGCAGCCCAUCUUCCACGGGCUCGAGACGGUUGAAGACAUGAUCUUCUGGAAGCACUACAAUGAACACCUCAGCGCCGUGCUUACUGUCGAGGGUGAACACAAGAAUGCUUUCAAGGACAUGAUGGUGCCCAUCGCGGUCAAACACCAGGGCCUCAUGCAUUCCAUCUUGUCUUUGGCAAGCAAACAUAUUGACUUUGACACACCCUAUGGAGCCACCGUCUUGCGCAACAACCCCUCCACAAGCCUGGACCUCAUCCGGGAACGAUCCAUUUUCCAUCACGACGCCGCCAGGCAGAAGUUUUUCGAAGAUGUCGAGUUUAGCAAAGGAAAGCCCUGCACCGAUGACGAGGUUUUGGUGUCUGCCCGCUAUGGACAGAUGCUGUGCUUCCUCUUGGAAGCUCUGGCAGAGGGUAACCCCCGUGGCGAGCAUCGCGUCCACCUUUCGGCAUACCGCAGUCUUAUCGCCAGCUCGCCUCCUGGAGAUUCGGCCUUCUUGUCGUUCAUCGCCGAGUUUUUCCAGUACCACAUCUUCGCCGACGAAUUGAUCCACUCGUCCGACAAGUCAGGCUACCGUUCCAUGUCGGACGCCCAAGAGCUCCCGUCGGUCCCUCAUAUCCACCCGCCCCGACUUCUUGGUGUUGCCGAUGGACUGCUCGAACAUAUUGUCCCCAUCACCACCAUCAGAAACUCGAUCCGGCGUAACAUGGCCGCCCACGAGCCCGUGAUUGUCGACUACAUUAGUCUCUAUCGCGCAGCCGAGAUCGAUGCUGCGAUUCGAGAAUGGGCUCCCAACCUGCCCCCUGGUGAUAAUCGCGGAAAUGUCAGCCUCCUUUACAAGCACAUGAUGCAGAUUUAUCUCAUCCGUACCAUUUGGCCCCCGGUCGCCACAUCACCCACGCCGACGGCCGCCUCCGUUUCCUCGUUUUCCCACAUCCGCAGCUCGCCAUCCGUCGGCCGACCGACCUCCUCGGUAGUCAAUACCCCGCCGCAGUCUGCAUCUACCAGCUGUGCCUCGUCCCCGAAACUUGGAGCCUCCCACCCGAUGAGCGAGCCAAACGUCUACAAACGAAACAGUACCGGAAUGGGUUCCUCCUCGAACGUAUCCCCGAUUCGCAAGAACAGCGGCGGAGGUAUUGCCGCAGCGCUGGCCGCCGAGAACCGACCCGACUCCCCCCCUCCCAUCCGUCAACCUGUUUCUCACGACGAUCGUAUCACCCGCGCCGUCGAAGAAUCCCUCGACAUACUCGACACCUUCAAGCCGAGCGAUCCCUCCCAGACCCUGUUGUUGCUGCCGUGUUUCGUCAUCGGCACCGUUUGCUUCAAGCCCCGCCAACAAGAGCGCAUCAGGGCCGCCAUCAAGUCUGUCAGGGGCUACACCGGACUAAGAAACGCCGAUCGGGUUGUGGAGGUGCUCGAGGAGGUGUGGCGACUGAUGGAGAUGGGUGAGUGGGUGCGUGUGUGGGACUGGGGUCGUGUUGCAAAGGAUAUGGGGUUGGAUUUUAUCCCUGCUUGA